ACAUCAGGAGACAAAUCAUGGAUUCGACAUUUCUGUCUGAAAAUGGCUAUCUUGAUUUGCUGCACAGUGAUAUCGAUCCAUUGCAUCUGUAUACUCAACUUGAUCUUAAGUUAUCUGGAAAUGAAGAAGGUGACUUUGCUGCAGAUUCUGAAGUUGAUGCCAACGACUAUGAUCAGUUCAAUAUAGAUUUCCUGUAUCCAAUGGAAAACAGUGAAAAUGAGGAUGAAUUGGAUCUCUGUUCCACCAAAGAAGCUUAUGCUAGAAUAGCUGGAUUAGCAGAAUAUGUGCUCAAAGAUCAGCAGGAGAAGCAGGUGGAAGAUGCUUUUGCAGGGAACCUUAUUUUGGAUGAAAUAUCUGCUGAAAACACUGAGGUGCUUCCUGAGAUAAAGGUGCAGAAAUGUCACAAACGAACCUUCUUAGGCACUGCAGAGAGUUGCUCUGAUGCUUCAGAACCCAAAUACAGGAAAAUUGUGGAAGUCCCUGCGGUGUCUGCAGGGAAUGCCGGUUUCCUAGCUAUGCCUCUCAACAGCCACCCAGCUAGCUCCACCUCACUAACUAACCAGCACAUGUCCUUUUCUGUUCUUGCUACCGAUGCACUGGAAAGGAGUUUCAUCAUUUCUGGAUCUUCAGCACCUCUGGUUCCAGAGUGUCUAUCUGUUGGCAUGAAAGGGAGCCAAGAGAAUACAGGUUUUGCAGAUCCUCCUCAGCAGAUACUUGGCUUUGUUCUUGGAAAAGGCACAUCUGAUGUUCUAGUAUAUCCAGGUUUAGAAAUGCUCAAAGAAGUCCAAGUUCCCAUAAUUCCUUCUGAAGAACCUUUCAAAAGACCGAAGCCAGUGGAAGCGUUCUGUACAUCACUUAAGCAUUAUUUCCAAGAUGUCUGCAGAUCUGUGGCCAUGGAGCGUGAAGUAGCUCUUGAUCACCUGUUUAUUGAUGGGACACUUGUUCAAAGCCAAACUGAAACCAAGACUGGGAAGACUAGCAUAAAAGCAAUGGAAAAGGAGCUGGUAACAUGCAGUCUCCAAGGGAAGGAGAAAACAGCCCUUAAAAGAAGCCAAAUAUUUCAAAUCCCAGCAGGUAAAGAUUUAGAGACUAAAGUGAUAAUGGGCAAAAGCAUUCUUGUUCAGAAGAUCUGCCAGGACUGGUCCAAUGGAGAGUUUUCUCAGUUUGAAUUUGUGUUUUGGUUUGACUGCAAACAAAUAAGCUUGCCUGAGAAGCAGUACAGCCUGAAGGAUCUGCUGCUUGAAUUUUUUGUAAAACCUCAAGAGGGAAGCAAAGAGAUCUUUGAGUAUAUAUCACAAAAUCCUGCUAAAGUCCUUCUGGUUUUUGAUGGUUUUGAAGGGUUGCAUGAUCAUGAGAAUUUUCUUCGCUGCUCAGCCAGCCAGCCUGAAAAAGACUUGUGCACUGUAAAGGAGCUGCUUUCAGGGCUCAUUCAAAGAAAGAUACUCAAUGGUUGUACUUUAUUACUUACAGCAAGACCAAAAGACAAGGUGUACCAGUGUGUGUCCAAAGUGGAUAAGACUAUUGAAAUAAUAGGAUUUUCCCCUCAGCAGAGAGAAUUGUACAUAACCAAAUACUUUGAAGGAUUACCCUACUGUGAUAAUGCACUGAAAUUAAUCAAAGAGUGUGACUACUUGUUCAGUCAUUGUUACAGCCCUGUUAUGUGUAGAUUUGUUUGUUUUCUCUGUGAGACAGUACUUGAAAUGGGAGACAAGUGUCUUCCUUCAACUCUUACUACAGUCUUCCUGAAAUUUCUUCAGCAGAAGAUAAUACCUAUGCAAACGGAUGUUGCAGCCAUGCAGAAUCAAGAAAGUCUUGCUACACUUGCCCGUAUAGCCUGGUAUCUUGGAGAAAAGCACCAAAGUGCCAUGAAAAGUGAUCUUCUUCCUUCUAAGGAAGUUAAAGAGUUUGCUCUGAAAUACGGAUUUUUCCUGCCAUUUGCAUUCCCCAAACAUUCAGAUAGUGGAGAAGAGGCAUUUGGAAGCACAUUCACUGAUUUUGUCAUUCAGAAUUUCUUGGGUGCGCUUCAUCUUAUGUUAGCAGAAGAGAUCAAGGAUAAAAGUCUAACAAAAUACCUGUCUUUUUCAUCCAAGAAGAAAAAGCCUUAUAACUGGCUAGAUUUAGUGCCUCGAUUUUUGUCUGGAUUGUUGUUCCUCCAGGAUGACCCCUACUUCUGCUCCCUUUCAAAUAAGGUGGUAAACCAGUCAAUCAAGAAGCAGAAAACACUGUUGAAAUGUAUUAGAAGGCUGCAGAUAAAUGAGCUCUGUCCAGAGAGGUUACUCAAGCUCUUACAAUGUAUUUAUGAAACACAAAGCAGUUAUCUUUUGCAGCAUGUGGCCUUAAGGCUCAAGCCAGACCUGUCUUUUCUGGGCGUAGUUCUAACACCACCUGAUGUCCAUGUACUGCACUCUAUUUUAAAAAGGUCAAGGAAAGAGUUUUCCUUGGAUUUGCGAAACAGCAGCAUUGACAUGCAGGGACUGAAAGACCUGGUUGGCCUGAAGAAUGUGGCAUUGUUCAGGGCCUCCCUCAGUGACACGGUCAGGCUCUGGAAGUCUUUAGAACAGGCAAAAGACUAUGAACUGCUGAGAGCAUCAACAGAGAAAUUUGUUCUUGAUCCCUUUAAGGCAAAAUCAGUGAAGGACGUCAGUGACCUUUCAGACCUUGUGGGUAUGCAGAAGAAGAUGAUCAAUUGCGUGCAAGAUGCAUCUGGUUGCAGCAGCUAUGAAAUUCCUGCCAUCAAAAACCUCAGGAAACUAGAAUUUGCGCUGGGUCCAGUAUGUGGCCUUCGGGGGUUCUUAAAACUUGUGGAAAUUCUUGCAGCGUUUCCAUCACUUCAGCAUUUAGAGUGA